AUGGCCGCAUCCAAACUGCAUGCGCCGACCAUGUCGCCAAUUGAGAAAUCCUCCAAUUCUUCUAAACGCAAGCGCGAUCUCGAUCCCAAUGCCUCCACGUCGACUCCUACCAAGAAACACAAGAAGGAAAAAAAGCGCGCCAGCUUGUCUACACCCUCGUCGGCAGGCGACGAAAGCAACCAGAAGCGAAAGCGACUCAAGGAUGGUCUCCAGGGUAGUGAUACCGAGGCCUCGCCCCGGAAAACAAGUUUUGUCUCGCCAGACAGCCGCAAAAAGGCUACUUCAAACUCACACAACGGCAUCGCUAAAGCAAGCAAGAAGCCAAAGGAUGGCGCACGAAAGAGUUCUCGGAAAGACAAUUCGGCGGAUGAUGAACCUGCAGCUGUGAGCCCAAAAUCCAUGAGCGACGAGGAGGAAGCGCAAGCCAGCGACGACACGCAAGAGCGCAAAGCCUCAAAGAACAAACAUGCCGGCAUCCUCUCCAAGUUCGAGCGUACGAAAUCCGUGGCCAGUGCGAAGGCGAAGAAAACCAAGCCCCAGGCUGAAGAGACAGUCGAAAAUGUUGCCGAGCCGGUUAUUGCGAAGGGCCUCGAACCAUUGCCCCAGCCGGAGAACCCACCUGAGCCCGAGGAAGCUCCCACCUACUCUUCCCUGCCACCGUGGUUGGCAAAUCCGCUGAGGACAUCGACCGAAGAUCGGACCAAAUUUUCGGAACUCGGCAUCAAAGAAGACCUUUUGCGAAUCCUGACGCAAAACAAUUACAAGGAGGCCUUUGCCGUCCAGUCUGCUGUUAUUCCCCUUCUCCUCGACGGGGACCGUCACCACCCCGGAGAUUUGUGUAUCUCGGCCGCUACGGGAUCCGGAAAAACACUCUCCUACGUGGUCCCUCUCGUCACCUCCCUAGAGUCGAGACCUGCGUCAAGAUUGCGAGGGUUGAUAGUGGUUCCUACGCGAGAGCUGGUCAAGCAAGCCCGAGAGGCCUGCGAGCUCUGUGCCGCAGGCUCACGGCUCCAUAUCGGUAGCGCGGUCGGCAACGUCGCUAUCAAGGAGGAACAAAAGCUCAUCAUGAGAACGGACCAAGUUUAUAACCCUGCCACUGUUGCCCAACGCCAGGCGGCAGGACUGCAAGAUAAUGACUGGGAGCACUUCAGCCUCGAGGACUGUGUUAGCGAGGCAAUCAAUUCGACUGGCUUUCUCCCAGGAUACAUUCAGCGACCUGAACCCAAUGUCGAUAUUCUCAUCUGCACGCCUGGUCGCCUAGUCGACCAUCUUCGCUACACCAAGGGGUUUACCCUUAAGCACAUCGAAUGGCUGGUGAUUGAUGAAGCUGACCGUCUCUUGAAUGAGAGCUUCCAGGAAUGGGUGGACGUGGUGAACGGUUCAUUGGAUUCCCGACAGGCCCCUGAGUCAUGGGGCGCCGGUGGAAAAUUCCUGUCGGAACUUGGACAUCCAAUUGAGAGCAAACCACCUAGGAAGGUAGUGCUGAGUGCGACCAUGACCCGUGACAUCUCGAAACUCAACUCCCUGCGCUUGGCCAAUCCCAAGAUGGUGAUCAUUGGCGCAGAUAACCCAGAUACCAACUUCACACUGCCAUCCACGCUGAGAGAACAUGUGGUGGCAGUGAAAGAUGAAUCUAUCAAGCCUCUCUACCUGCUUCAUCUCUUGCUUUCACACAUUGGCGUUAAGGCUGGAACAAAGGCUACUUGCAGAGAUGAUGCGUCCAAUUCCGACAGCACUAGCUCGGAUGAUACCUCCAGCGAUGGUGAAACUAGUUCGGAUGACUCCUCAGAUGAUGAGACCUCGUCUUCGGGUUCUGAUUCCGAGUCUGACUCGGACUCUGAUAGCGAUACCUCCAGCGAUGCUUCGAGUGACAUCUCCGACAGCUCGUCUGAUUCUGAUUCUGAUUCUGAAAUCGAUUCCGAUCCCAAGUCGAAGCCCAAGUCUGUUCAAAAAUUACAGGCCGGACCUACACGCCAAACUGUUCUCAUCUUCACCAAGUCUUCAGAGUCUGCCUCACGACUACACCUCCUUAUUUCUCUCAUUAACCGGCAGCUUGCCAGCCGCAUGGCGACUAUCAUUAAAUCUAACAAGUCGUCUGCAUCGCGCAAGACUCUGUCGGCUUACCGAAAGGGCAAGAUUGAUGUAAUCGUGGCGACCGAUCGUGCCUCUCGUGGUCUUGAUUUGCAUUCACUUCUGCAUGUCGUCAACUACGAUGUCCCCAGCAGUGCUACCACCUAUGUACACCGUGUGGGACGUACUGCCCGUGCUGGCAGAAAGGGCUCUGCCUGGUCCCUCGUCACGCACCGCGAAGGAAAGUGGUUCGCCAGCGAGAUCGCCAGCAGCAUCGACGGUCCUAUUACCCGUACCUCUGCUAUCGAGCGCGCCUCGGUGAAAUUGGACAGCCUCAAGCCGCUCCAGCCCAAGUUUGCAAUGGCUCUUGACAAGCUCGAGCAGGAAGUGCGGGCUAGCAAGACACAUUCAUCGAAGCGUUGA